AUGGCAGUGGCAGAAGUCCAACAGACGCCGGGGCCAAAAUCGUUCUACCAUGGCAGAUCCUUAUUUGCGGCCAGCAUAAGAAAAAAGCCCAACGUCGCACUAAUAACCAGCAUAGCCGAAGGUAUCGGACGCGACAUUGCCCUGCGGCUUGUAGAGGACGGACUUGACAUCGUCAACACAGACUUGAAAUCACAGUGCACGAAGUCGACGUCGCGGACGAGGUGGAGGCGCAAGGGAGGCGAUGGUGGCGAAUACCGGGCCGGUCAGAUCAUUGUGAAGUCUGUGGUUGAUUGUAAACCAGCCCCGUCUUUGAUACGCUUUUAUGGUGACCGUCAUACCCCUAAAGCUACACUCGUCAACUUCGAUUGGAUCUUCAACGUCCAUGUGCGCGCGAGUGAAAUUGGAUCACAAGGCAUCACCGUAAACGCCUAUGGCGCACCUGAGCAGUCGAUACGUGUCUCCGAUGUAUGUAUCAGCAUUCCUCUGGUGGGGUGA